CUGCCACUCCCACCGCCUAGUCACAUGACCUAAUCAUUGCAAAGUCGUCAUUUCGUUUGUUUUUUGUUUACAGUCGGAUCGUUGAUAUCAUAAUUAGUGUCCUAGUGUUUUGAAGAAUCAAGAAUCGUUGUGGUAGCAGCGAUGACUGGCAGGGGCUCUCGGAAGGGCGGCAAGCCGGGCAUGAAGCAGUCAAGCCCGGACGCCAAGAAAGCCGAGGUGCCGAGUUCGCCGCUGGCUUCCUCGUCCGCCCUGUCCACGUCGUCCGGCUCUCCGGACAACAAGGAGGCGGCCCUGUCGUUCCCCUUGGUCAAGAUCAGCGACAACUCCAAAACCCUGCCCAGAUACACAUUAGUUUUGGCGCGGACUGAAAAGGAGGGUGUGACCAUGGACGACUUGGACACCUUGCAGCUCGAGCUGGAGGUGCUGUUGUCUGCCGCGGCUGUCCGCAUCAGAGCUCUGAAAGGAGAGGUCGGCGCCCUAGAGCAACCCGACACGGAGAAAAAGGACAAAAAGUCUCGCUCCGCCAAACCUGUGAAAAAAUCCGGCUGUAAACUGAAGGAAGAGGUACCAAGCAAGAAGUUGAGGGAGUCGACCGGCAAGGCACUCGAAGUGCAAAGCCCGCUGCCCAUCAAGUUCACCAAAGUCAAAAAUCCGCCUGCCACUUUGACCCCGACAAAUUUCACAGUGCCAGACAUCGACUUCGACACUCCACCGAAGAUGGAGGUGCUGUUGCCCGACCCGAAAAACGACGUGCCCAACAAGUUCUGGUCCUCCGUCGAGCCAUACUGUUCCGAGAUCUCAACUGCUGACAUUCAGGUGUUGAAAGACCUGAUCGCGGUGAACGAGAACCAAGCAACGAACCUGACGAUUCCUCCUCUCGGCAAACACUACUCCAGCGUGUGGAUGGACGAAGAGGUCAUGCAAGACUCAAACUCGACCGGAAAAUCAAAAUGCGGACACAAUGAGGUGCUGCUCCGAAAAGCAGAGAAGCUCAGUGGGCGUGCCGCGGCCCCUGGACCUCUCACUCAAAGGUUGGUCAGCGCCUUUCUUUCGGAGGACACGUCACUGCCGACAAAGCUGGAAUCUGGCAAAGACGACAGUGCCAUGCUGAAGGCUCUGAGCAAUGGUCUCUCGUUGUCCGGCGCAGCCUCUCUGGAGUCCCGAAUGCGCAAGGAGCUCAUAGGCUUGGAAAUUUUCGACCCUAAUGCGCUUCAGAACGAACAAGAUGACGAGAUCCUGGAGGAGUUGAAGUCGAGCCAGGAAGAACUGCGGCGCGUCACCGAACACAACGUCAAAGCUCUGCAGCGCCUUCUGCACUGCGCCACAGAGGAAAUGGGACGCCAGGAGCUGCGCCGCAAACUCAACCAGGUCGACGCUCAGUUGGUGGAAUUCCACAAAAAGGUAGUGUCCAACAAGAUCAAGAAGAAGGUGAUGUCGAAGAAGGAGCAGGAGCCCAUCUGGAAGCUGCUCAAGGACCGAGACGCUUUGAUCAAACAACUCGACGGAGUCCCUGCCAGGACCAAGUAGACCAGUUUUCUGCCAUUUUUCUGUUAAAUUGUUCUAUCUUGCAUCAUUUGUUUCCUCGCCAAUGCUGAUGGCAGUUCAAACGUUUAUUUUUAAGUGUACAAAAUAGAUCUAGACCAAAACAUGUGUGUUUUAUGAUUAAUUAAGAAUAAACAUCGUAUAUUUAUAU